AUGGCUAUAAACAGUGCAAUGAUUACUCAAUUAAAUAGACAUAGGUUUCAUGGCUGCAGAGGCGAUGCAAAACCUUCUUCUUUUCGCUUUAUUAAAUUAUCUCACUCUGAAGAAACUAUUUCUGAUAAAUGUGAUAGUCUGGUUAAUAGUGAUAACGAUAAUGCAUUUGACAAGCACUAUAAUCCAGUUAAUAGUGAUAAUGAUAAUGUGACCAAUGAACAUAAUAACCCAGUUAAUGAAGAAUCUCAUUCAGUCUUACCAGAAAGAUCUUAUAAUGCGUCAAAACUACCAAAUUUAAAAGAAAUCAAGCUGGUUUCUCUUAAAAAACAUUCAGGACGAAGCUGGAUUUGGUCAUAUUAUCAACGCUAUAAACCUGUGUUACCUUAUAAAACAAUUGUAAGUUGUUUAGUGAAAGUUUAUAAUAGUAAUAAAGAGGAAUUAUGUGGACAUAUUAUGGAUUCAGUAGAUAGUUCAAUGGGAAAUUAUAUUGGACACUUAGCAACACGACAUGGUAUUACAGAAAGUCUUAAAGACUUUAUCGCAGAAUUUGAUCAGUCGUACCAAUUUCUAAGUGAAAAAUAUUGUCGACAAUUACUUUCUGAAGCAUAUGAAAACACUAAACAAUCUUUAUUAAAU